AACAAUAUUGUCAGUUAUCAAUAUUUUUUUGUUAUUAGUAGGCUACUAAUUUUCUCAAAAGUGUAUUCCUAGUACUUAAAUUAUAAGCCUUAAUUUAAUUCUACUCUAAUACAUGACUUAUCAAAAUGACUUCCAUUCAUAGUAACUACAAUACAGAGCCUGAAUCUUCUCUGUCUCAUACACCAAAGUCUACACAAGAAAAGAAAAGAAAAAGUAUGUCAUUGUCAAAUGGAAGGAGUGCCAAACUGAAUUCACCAGCGCCCGCCCCACAAAAGUCUUCAGACCCAGCUCCCCACCAAAUUGCUGAAUCUGUUUCUUAUGAAGAUUAUCUUCAGCAGCUAGCAUCAGGGGAUAAACCAGUGAACAAAUCAUCACAAAAAUCCAGCUCACACCAUAAGCUGGAACAAGCUAGCCUAAAACAGUUUCCCACAGCUGUAAGCCACAGCUCAACAUCUACAGGAAGUAUCACCAAUCACAUCAGUAACUCUAGUGUGGAGAAAGCCAAGAAAAUAAAUCAUUCAGUUGAGGAUAAUGCUGACAAAUCACAGAUGUCCUAUAAGGAGUUUCUCAACCUUUUCAAACCCCCUGGUAAACAGAAUGUAACAGAAGUAACCUCUGACCCUGAUGAAGCAGCCCCUGAUACCCAUGCUGCACCUGUCAAGUGCAAGUCUAUAACAUCAUAUUUCACCAAGACUGUCAACAGCCCAGUCCAGCCUAGCCAUCACAAAGCUUCUGCAACAAUGCUGGUGACUGCAGAGGUACACUCUGGUAAAAGGAAUGCUUGUAAAAGAUCUCACUCCCCUGACAAGCCCUCACCUGCAGCACACAAGUCAGAAGAGAAUGCUGAUGAUAUUAUCCUUCUUAGUACUGAGACAAUAGAAGAUGCUGAACCUAAGGGAAGUAACAUUCUGAAUUUCUUUUCUAAGAAAAGAAAAAUUGAGGAAGUUCCAAAAACCGAAUCCAAAUCUCAGAAAUUUAAAAAUAAAGAAGAUACUGCAAAAUGUGUCAAUCCAAAGAUUGAAUCUAUCAGUAAAUCUGUAGACCCUGGCUCAGUUUUUAAUUCUAAAGCAUUGACCUCAGAGGAUUUAUCUAAUGCAAUCACUGAGGGCUCUGCUGGAUCUCACUCUAAACACUCGCAGUCAACACUUUGUUUUGGCAAAAAGGGAUUGUCUUUGUCUAAAUCAGAACACAAGAAGGAUAUAAGUCUACAACUUCCUCCCCAAAAUGAUGGUUUUAGCAAGAAAAGUGGAGAUAUCAAGAAAUCUGAUGGGCAGGCCCAGACAACUGAAGGAAAAAUCAAGAAAUCUGAUGGGCAGGCCCAGACAUCUGAAGGACAAACCAAGAAAUCUGAUGGGCAGGCCCAGACAACUGAAGGAAAAACCAAGAAAUCUGAUGGGCAGGCCCAGACAUCUGAAGGACAAACCAAGAAAUCUGAUGGGCAGGCCCAGACAACUGAAGGAAAAACCAAGAAAUCUGAUGAUCACUGCAAGAAGUUGGGUGAAGCCAGUACUUUGUGUCACCAACCUAAUAGCAGUAGAGAGGUCCUAGGCCAGUCAAGCUCUUCUAAAAACACAUCUUCUAAUAGAAGGGAAAGUAAGAGAAACUUAAGGGUCAAAGGUCACUCAGACGAUUUAAGUUCGUCAUUGUCUACUGACACACCAGCUGUGGUCAGCACACCUGAGAGCACAGCUGACCUAGUCAACACACCUGAAUAUCCCACACUAAGACGCAGCUCUAGAAUAUCUCGCUCCGUCAAGUUUGUGGAGGUGGAAGAUGACGUCAUGGAAGUUGACAGUGACAGCAGCGAAGACACUGAUUUGUCUAAAAGCAGCAAGAGAAAGCCCACCAAAAAGACUACUGGUAAAUUAGCACCAAUUUUUACACUUGUAAAAACAAAAGAAGAUCAAAAGCCAGCUGUUCCCAAAGAGGAUCCUGAAACCUUGAGGAGACGGAGAGAAUUUUUAAUGAGUGGCAUACCAGAGGAGUUGAAGCGUCAAAUCACAAUAUCCACUAGUCAAACCAUUUCACUGGAUUAUCCCCCCUGGCCUGAAGUUAGCCAUGUCCAGCAGUUGCCGAGCACAUCCUGCCAUGUUCCAGCCAAUUUAAAUCUUAAAGAGAGAUUAGUAGGCAGUUCACUGGACACGGUCAAGUGGAACUCUUCUAGUUGGAGUUGCUUUAGGGUGAAAGAUUUUUCUGGCAACUUGGUUUCUCAGAACUUAUCCUUGUUGCCAGCCCUACAAGACAUGCAGGUGAAUCAAGUACUUCAACAUUUCCAGUUAUCAGAUCCUAAGUUUCCAUUUUCUCAAGUCUACAGCAACUUGCAGGCUAGGCUACUAAGCUGCAAUCUCAUAUCUGAGUCAACUGAGUUGGCUGAUCCUGAUGUGGUAAUUGUUGACGACAGCCCGUCCCCUGCUUCAACACCUGGUACAAAAACAUGGUCUGACCCUAAAGACUGUUUGUGGACUGAGCUGCAUCAACCAGAGAGCUCAGAGCAAAUCAUUGGCAAUGUUGCAGCUGUCAAACAGCUCAAGCACUGGCUGCUAGAGUGGAAGAAUCUCAUGCAAAGGGAAGCAAGGAAGGAGAACUCAACCAAGAUGAAGUCUAAAACUAAAGGAACAAGCACUUGGUCAGACAGUGAUUUCACAGACAGCGAGGACGAGGACUCAGCUCUCUGCAAUACUUUUCUCAUCACUGGACCACAUGGCUGUGGGAAAACAUCUUCAGUCUACGCUUUAGCUCAGGAGCUAGACUUUAAGGUGUUUGAGGUGAACUCAUCAUCCCUGCGUAGUGGCAAACAGCUCCUGUCACAGCUAGAGGAGGCCACGCAGUCACACAGAGUAGCUCAGAAUAAAGUUGCCACACCUGCGCCACAAGACAAUCUACCUACAGAAUCCUCAAAAAACAUGUCAAAGAAAUCUGAGAAAACAAAAUCCAAAUCAGCAGCAUCUAAAGCAUCUGGCUUUGCAAAUCUGUUCAGUUCUCACUCUAAGGUAGCAAAACCUAGUGAGAGUAAAGCACCGAAUGAAGGUAGCGCAAACAAAAAAUCUAAAGAUGGCAAAGUAACUAAACAUGAAAAUAAACUGUUUGAAAACAACAGAAAGAAAGAUUCAAAAAGCAAGUCCAAGGCUGAGAAGAAUGAGAGCUGUGUUGAUGUGAAACUUGUUGCUGGUGGCAGUACAUCAGGGUCACUCAAUCUUGCUUCAGCUUCUCUUAUUCUAUUUGAUGAGGUGGAUGUGGUGUUUGAAGAAGACAAAGGCUUCCUGUCAACAGUACAACACUUCAUGACAUCCACCAAGAUCCCCAUCAUCCUCACCUCCACCAACUCUGGCUUCAGUCAACAGCUGGCAGCCAGACAUGAGCACAUCAGUUACAGGCAGCCACCUCUGGUGUCAGCCACAAGCUUCCUGUGUACUGUGUGUCUAGCCCACGGUGUACGAGUGAGUCGCAGGUCAGUCUCCAACAUGUUGCAGCACAUGAAAGGUGAUGUCAGGCGCUGCUUGCUCUACUUGCAGUACUGGUGUGGCUCUGGUGGGGGCCGAGUCAAAGCACAAAAAUGUCUGAGCCCACCCCACCCCAGAGUGGUGCAGGAGACGUCACAGUGUGACACAACUGACACGCCAGAUGACAGGGACUCUGACACUGACUUUGUUUGUCUGAGGCCAGGCAGAAGGGCUGGCAGGAUGAUCUGUGAUGACGAGGACAGUGGAAAGUCAAACUCUUCUUGUUCUUCAAGUUCCAGUGGCACAAGUGCCAAAAAUGGUGUCAUUAUUGAUGGUGAGAGUGGGGUUCAAGUUCCAGAACUUCAUAAAGAGCUGGAAGAAACUAUGCUAGGGUUAGCCCCUGGUUGUAAAGUUUCCAUUCAUUCUGUGAUCAAACAUCUGAAGUCGUCCACUCUACAAAGCAGAGACUUGAAUGAGCUGCUGUACCUGUGUCAUGUACUGAGACAAGCUCUGCAGCUGGAUGUCACCUACCUGCUAGCUUUACAUUGUCUCCCCUUACCUAAGUCAGCUGUCCCAGUCACCAGUGGCACUUUGGUUACAACACAGUCAGUGGAGUCACAUGACUCUGCUCAGCCAAGGAAGAAAAUCAGAAAAAGGAUCAUUCAGGGUGACUGGUUUGAUAGUGAUGAUGAGGACGAUCCACCAAUUAAAUCAAGCAUGGGAGAUAACCCAGCAACCCUUGAUGGCUCUAUCAAAACAAACGUGGGGGAUAACCCAGCAGCCCUUGACACUCAUGUUAAAUUCUCAUCAGAUGCAAACAGUUGCAUCUCUAGAGAUAAUUCUGGUUUUAAAAGUUCUGUUGAAAUGGAAGCUACAAAUGUUCAGCAAGUAGAAGACUCCACUAAAUCAGAAUGGAAUAAAGUCUGUAACAGUGCAACCAUUUCUGUGCUAACUGAGAUGGCCAGGUACUAUGAUACCACCUCAUAUGUUGACUGUCUAGAAACGUUUACAUUGGCAACUUCAGAUAGAAGUAAAGGACUGAGUCCAGGGAUGGAUGAUGAGGAACAGACUGGCCCUGAUGAGGUGUGUGGUGAGUGGUCCUGGCAGCUAGCUGGUACAGCCAGAAUCCUUGGCUGCUGGAGACUGGGCUAUAGCUGCAGGGGACACUGGGACAGGUGUGUGAGAGAUGGCACAAAGCUAAGUGGCUGCCAGACUAGUGGGUCUACAGAAUGUCAAGAUUGGAAAACUUCUUUAGAGUUGCCAGUUGGGGAAAAGAUACCAGAAAUCUGGAAGGCACACACCAGAUCACAAGAGACUGCUGUAAGGAGGAUGUGCAAAACAUCUGAGCCCAUCAUGUUAGGAUCUAACCCAGCACUUUACACAGAUUAUCUGCCCACUCUCAGGGCCAUCUGUCAUGCUGAAGAUCUUAAGGACAAGAGACGCAGAAGAACCUGCAGGAAGUCCAGUGCUGGUGAUUGGAGCAGCAGGUAUCACCACUGGAAUGUUGACCAGGUUAGCACCUACCUCUGAUGUUCUACACCAGACAUCCAAGAUUUCAAACAUUCUAUUCAUACUAUUAUUAUAUUCAUAUAUUUAAGCACAUG